GUAUGCAGAUGCUGAGAGAAGGAACUGCAUGGGCCCUUGAUGGAGCAGCAGGCCCUGCCCCUAUCUAGGGUUACACAGUAACCCGAGAGUCUGUGGGGCGGGAGAAGCAACUCCAGGGAGGGGGCAAAGCAAAAGAGGGGUGUGUGUGUGUGUGUGUGUGUGUGAUGUGAGUCAGACAGAAAGAGAAAGAAAGCAAAUUAAAGGGGCGUUUGUGUUUGGGGAAAAGGGGGACUUGAGAGUGUCAGGAGGGAGUUCCCAAAGUUUUUCAAAGAGGGCGGCACACAUUGUACUUGUAAACGUGUUUGCAGAGCCUCAUGACACACACACUAACAUGCACACAAUCGUCCAGGUUAAGAUGCAGGAACACACGUGUGUUGGUUUACGAGCAGAGGUGUUUCUUGACACAUUCACAUUUCAUUAACUUAACUCUCUCAGUGUAAUGGUGGACCUUGGACCUGGAGGGAAGGAGAGGCUGGACAACAAGAGAAGAAAAGAGAAGAGAGGAAGAGAGGAAGAGAGGAGAAGGACAACCUUUGACAAGAAGGAUAUGAGGAAUGGGAUAGAAAAAAACAAUGGGCAAACCAAAACUUCCAGUUGAGGAGAUGGACUGAGACGAGCCAGAGAGACAGAGAGGACAAAACAGUGAAUGGACAUGGGCAGAGAGCGGCUUACCCUUGGACUGCUGCUGCGUUUGGGUAUUCUGCUCACUGCUGUGUGUGUGUGUGUCCAUGUUUACCUGGAGACAGGUUGGCGGGGAACACCUGCUCCCCUGGCUUCGGGACGUCCCAUCCAAUCUAAUCAGAACCUGGGCCAACAGAGCAGAGCCAAACACAUCUCAGCAGAGACAAAGGAGCGGGACAGGAGCAUUAAAAGGAGAAUCUCCUAUGUUCGGACACUGAAGAAGGACAGUCAAGCAAAGAAGAGGGAUGAAGACAGAAAGGAUCCCUCGCCUCCGUGCUGCCCACCUCUCCGCCCACACAGAAAGACUCCUCGGUGGCACAUAGACCUGGAGCCAUGGGCCAGUGAGAAUCAUUCUCUAGAGGAAGAAGCAAAAAGGUUCCUCAACUAUAUCACAACACCACAAGUGUUGUGUUCAUCGCUUGUUGGUGAAGAAGCUGCUCAAAAGGGAUCCAAGGGAGCCUGGGCUGCCUGCUUGGACCCCAAGUACAGCCUGAGCCACAGGAUACAAAGCAAGCACUGCAGGGUCUACUCUUUUGGAUUGGGGGUGGAUGACCGAUCCCUGGAGCGUUCCCUCGCCAGGUCAGGAUGUGAGGUCCACUGCUUCGAUCCCAGCCUGAAGCAGCCUCACCUGCAGCAGGCUGAAAUGUGGCUCCAUCGGCUCUCGGUGGACUGGAGGGAUCCCAACCCUGCCAUCGUCGCCCAGCGUCAGUACGCCAGCACCAAGAAACUGGCCACCAUCCUGAAUGACUUUGGACACAGACAGGUGGAUGUGCUAAAGGCAGAUAUGGAGAGUGCAGAGUGGAAGAUUUUGGAGAAUCUGGUUCUGGAGGGAGUUUUAGACUCAGUGGGUCAGCUGCUGCUGGAGCUUCACCUGCAUUGGGCGGGUUUCGAGGUGGGCGGCGACGACCCAUCCGUGGUGCGGUACUGGUUCAGCCUCCUCAAGGAGCUGGAACGCGCCAACUUCCGCCUCUUCCACGUCCACAGCGACCCGGCCAAACCGCACCUCUUCCUGCAUAAGAACAUCCUCAACGCCAGCAGCGCUUACACCUUGAGCUGGGUGAAUGCGCAGUGGAAGCUCUGAGGGACGCCAGACUGUUAGAAAUUGAGUAGGUGUUGCCAAAAAAAGAACUUGGCCUUGGAACGGCCCCUGAAUUAAAAUGCGCAAGUUUGUGUGACAUGGAGUUUUCAGGGUGAGCACAAAUUCCUGCUAGAGCACGCCUUUUCUCCAGCAGACCAUUCUUAUCUGGCCCGACCUUUCUGUAAAGUUGAAAUCCCUCUCCUGGCCUGUAAUGACCUCAGUCGUGUAGAGGGGCAGAGUAAUUGCCUCCAGGGGCUCUCUGUGUUCUACCUCAUAGUGGCUGUGUUGUUGGCUGCAGGUCAGCCUCUGAGUCACACUCAACCUCUGUCUUUGUGGUCCUAUCUGGAUUUGGCCCUCAGCCAGACAGUCCUGAUAUUAGACAAGCCUUUCCAGAUUACCCUAGUCUGCGCAGACCCAGAGACCACAGCCCCGAAAACAGCGCUUGAAUUAAAAGAAAUGGAUACAUGAUGUCAAAGGGAGUGGGUAGAUGAAAGAUCCUCCCUCACUGACAGUAAGUGAAUAUCAGUGGGAGGCCAUUUGAGCUGCUUACACAGGAAGACAGAAGAGAAUGAGCAGAGGAAUGUGGGUAAUAAAGGUAAAGAGAUGGGAUCAGCUCCGGCGGCAGAAGAAGAUAACUGUCUGGGUGAAUAGACGCUUCCCUGCAGCUGAACCCUGUACGACUGUGUCUGGAACACAAAAGGCGACAAUGAUGUGAAGAAAUGCAGUGUAAUGUCUCCAGACUUGAACACAGUGUGUUUGUUGCAUAUUUGAAUGAAAAUGUGUGGGCGAGCAUGAGAGAAAAACUCAAAAAGGAAAAAUGAACUCCAAUUAUUAGUAUUUUGUUGUAUGCCACAGUUUCCUGGGUUAUAACAGAAAACUCAGAUCCGCACAAAGAACGCAAGUUGUGUCUUUAUCCUUAUCUGGUGUUCAAUUGGCCUUACUCCAUUAUCUGUGCUGCACCAGAAAAUCAGCAGUUCAUCUCACAAUGUAGCAAACAAACAUUCAGAAAUGAUCCAACUAAUGUAAUUUGCCAAAUCUUUUGAUGCAGUUUAAUAAAGCAAGGAAACAAGGAAA